GAGUGACCUCACUCUUGUAGAUCAAUGCGCAAAGCCAUGGCGCUCUCUUCGUCCAUCGCGCUCUGCCUAGCCCUGUGGAUGAUCGCCGCCGUGUCUCGGGAAUACAGAGUCUUGUCCGUGAUCGAGCAGGCCAAUGCCGGCGGCGGGAGCGCGAUCCUGGUGGAGAUCGCGGACAGGAUCGACGAUUUCGGCCCCGACAUUGGGCGCCUUCUCAUCAGCGUCAGCUAUGAGACCGACGAGCGCUUGCAUCUGAUGAUCACGGACGCCGAUAGCCCUCGCUGGGAGAUCCCAUUCCAGCUGAUACCGCGAUCGAUGGACGGCAACAGCAGCAGCGCCAGAUUUUCCCAGGAAGUUCGCAAGAUCACGUCGCCCAAGCUCCAGCUCUCCUACACGGUGAAUCCAUUCAGCUUUACGGUCACUCGGGUCUCGAACGGGGAAAUUCUCUUCGACUCGCCAUCGUCGUCGAGUUUCGUGUUUAAAGAUCAAUAUCUAGAGAUAUCAACGAGGAUUCCAGCCCAGGCAGCGCUCUAUGGGCUCGGGGAGAGCACUCGCAGCGAUGGCUUUCGGAUUCUUCCAAACUCGACUUACACACUCUGGGCAGCUGAUACAGGUGCCGACAACACGGACGUAAAUCUAUAUGGAUCGCAUCCUUUCUAUAUGGACGUGAGAAGCGGAGGACAAGCUUAUGGUGUUCUUCUUCUCAACAGCAAUGGCAUGGACGUGAACUAUGAGGGAGAGUUUUUGACGUACAAAGUUCUUGGAGGUGUGUUUGAUUUCUAUUUCUUCGCUGGGCCGUCUCCCCUCUCCGUCGUCCAGCAGUACACAGCACUUGUUGGAAAACCAGCAGCGAUGCCAUAUUGGUCGCUCGGAUUCCACCAGUGUCGAUGGGGAUACAAGAACGUAUCUCAGGUCGAGCAUGUUGUUGCCGAGUACAAGAAGGCGAAUUUGCCUCUGGAAGUUAUGUGGAACGAUAUAGAUCACAUGGACGUGUAUAAGGACUUCACUCUGGAUCCUGUAAAUUAUCCUGCUGAACAGCUGCGAGCGUUUGUGGAGAAACUCCACAAGAACGGCCAACGAUAUGUUCUUAUUGUAGAUCCUGGACUCAAACCGGAGAAAAAUUACGAGACUUACAGACGGGCCAAGGAAAUGGAUGUUUUUAUCAAGGACGUGCAAGGCAAACCAUAUCUCGGUCAGGUUUGGCCCGGGCCUGUGCAUUUCCCGGACUUCCUCCAUCCAAGAGCUCUAGAGUUUUGGACAGGAGAGGUCUCCAGAUUUCACAAGGAGGUUCCAUUUGAUGGUCUCUGGAUUGAUAUGAACGAGGCCUCAAAUUUUUGCCAGGGAGUUACGUGCACCUUACCAGCCAACGUUACGUGUCCGAUCCCCGGUUCCUUCACUCAGUGCUGCCUGGUUUGCAGCAACGACCUCGCUACAAAGUGGGACAAUCCACCUUACGCCAUCAACAAUGCUGGCACUCACAGAAGCCUGGGUGGAAAGACUAUACCGACGAGCGCUACGCACUACAAUGGGACUUUAGAGUACAACGCUCACAAUCUCUACGGGCUUGCUGAGGCCAUCGUGAUCAACAGUGCUCUCAAGACAGUCGUGAAGAAGAGGCCGUUCGUGCUCUCGAGGUCCACCUUUGCUGGAAGUGGCCGAGUCACUGCUCACUGGCUGGGUGAUAACCGGGCGUCUUGGAACGACUUGAAGUACUCCAUCUCCGGCAUCUUAGGCGCGGGGCUGGCUGGAAUUCCCAUGGUGGGAGCGGACAUCUGUGGCUUCUCAGGCAACACUACCGAGGAGCUUUGCAACCGGUGGAUACAGUUGGGAGCAUUCUAUCCGUUCUCGAGGGACCACAACGAUUUUUUCAGCAGUCCACAGGAGCUCUUUGUGUGGAAGUCAGUGACUCGAUCGGCAAGGAAGGCACUGGAGCUUCGCUACAAGCUCCUCCCAUACUUGUACACUCUUUCCUUCGAGGCACACACACUGGGCUCGCCGGUAGCAAGGCCGCUGUUCUUCACGUUUCCAAACGAUCGGGCCACCCUCGACAUUGACAAGCAGUUCCUUCUCGGCCGCGGCGUUCUCAUCUCUCCAGUGUUAACUCCCAACGCCACCACCGUCAAGGCAUACUUUCCUCAAGGCACUUGGUACAGCCUCUUCGACUACACGAAGUACGUGACAUCUCCCUCGGGGUCUUACCAGCAGCUGGACGCUCCCUGGGACACGAUCAACGUUCACGUCCACGAAGGCUCUAUCAUCCCCAUGCAAGAGUUCGCGCUGACAACAAGGCUGGCUCGCAAGACUCCCUUCACUCUGGUGGUGGCCUUCUCUUCCACGGACAGCGAGAAUUCGACGGCGUCGGGAGAGCUUUUCCUGGACGACGACGACGCGCUGGAGAUGAAAUUGGCAGAAGGAAAGUCGAGCUUCAUUAAAUUCGCGGCUUCCUCGAGUGGAUCAAGUGGCGGGAAAGUGUUAGUGAAAGCGUCCGUGGCGCACGGAGACUUUGUGAAACGCCAAAGCCUCGAGCUCCACAGGGUGGUGGUUCUAGGUGGAAGACAGAGUACGAGCCAACCACGAAAGGUGCUCGUCAAUGGGAAAAAUCCAUCCGAGAGCGUCACAGCAAAAGUGUUUCAAACUGGAGUGGAGAUUUCUGGACUUUCUCUGCCGCUAGGCAGCGAUUUCCAGCUCUCCCUCGAAUUAUGACAGAGGGACUUUUGGCAAAAGCUUUGCGACAACGAUGUUGUACGAAGUUCUAGACUUUCAACCAAAAGAAAGAUAGACAAUGACUAUGAGAUCACGAA